CCUCCUCCGUGGCCGCCUAGGCUACUCAUCUCCGGUCCGGUCGGUCGAGCGAGGCACGGGCAGGGGCAUGCUGCUAUGAGGCAGGCGGUGGGCGCCGGUGACGAGGGGCUGUCGCGGAAGGUCGCCGUGGCGGCCGGGGACGCCGACGGGGCGACGGCCGCGCGCCGUCGCCGCCGGCUCGAGCUCCGGCCGCACGGGCGGAAGGUGGCGUCGGGCGAGGACGAGCCGGCGAAGAAGGCCACGGACGGGUCCGAGUCCGAGUCCUCCGCGGACGUGGGCCGCGGGAUCUGGCUGCCCGCGUGCCUGUCGCACGGCGCGGUGUCCGUGAUCGGCCGGCGCCGGGAGAUGGAGGACGCCGUGGCCGUCGAGCGCACCUUCCUGGCCUCCUCGCCGGACGCGUGCGGGGGAGGCGACGAGGGCAGCGGCGGGGAGGACUUCUUCGCGGUGUACGACGGCCACGGCGGGGCGCGGGUGGCGGAGGCGUGCCGGGAGCGGAUGCACGUGGUGCUGGCGGAGGAGGUGGAGCGGCUGCGGUGCCGCCCCGGCGCGCGCGGCUGGAAGGAGGCCCUGGAGGCCAGCUUCGCGAGGGUGGACGGCGAGGUCGUGGCCGGCGCGGGCGCCGACGACGACGAGGAGUCGCGCUCCCGCACCGUGGGGUCGACCGCCGUGGUGGCCGUGGUGGGGCGCCGUCGCAUCGUCGUCGCCAACUGCGGCGACUCGCGCGCCGUGCUGUCCCGCGGUGGCGUGGCCGUGCCGCUCUCCACUGACCACAAGCCAGAUCGACCGGACGAGUUGCAGAGGGUGGAAGCGGCUGGCGGCAGGGUGAUCAACUGGAACGGGUCCCGUGUCCUAGGGGUCCUAUCCACCUCCAGAUCCAUUGGGGACUACUACCUGAAGCCGUACGUGAGCGCGGAGCCGGAGGUGACGGCGGUGGAGAGGACGGGCAAGGACGAGUUCCUGGUGCUGGCCAGUGACGGGCUGUGGGACGUGGUGUCCAACGACGAGGCGUGCCGGGUGGCGCGGAGCUGUCUCACCGGCCGUGCCGCCGCCGUGUUCCCGGAGUCUGUGGCCGGGCGCAGCGCCGCCGACGCCGCCGCGCUGCUCGCCGAGCUCGCCAUCACCCGCGGCAGCAAGGACAACAUCAGCGUCGUCGUGGUUGAGCUGAAGCGGUUCAAGAGCAGGGUAGGGCGUCGAGCCAUCGGAGGCGAGGUGCAGUUGUAGGAGCUUAAGUUAAUUUAGCUGUUGUAGGCACGCGCGCGUGCACUAGCUGGUAAGUAGUCUGUACAUUACGGCGACAUUUAUUCGGGCUGGGAAAAGAUCUCCGGCCGAUCACCGUCGGGACCUCAACUCCGGCGAUCGAUGAGCGGGUGUGAAAGAAAAUUGUCCAACGUUUUUCGCUAAUUUUAUACAAGCUGUAGUCGCUGCUCAGGCAGUGAGCAGCAGGGACGUUCUCACGUUGAGAGGAGAGGCAGCGACUGGCCCUGGUUUUCAGUUCAAAAAUUCAAAACUGAACCUGUUGAUUCAGCGACAUUUACUCGGGCCUGCCAGGCCGGGAAAAGAUCUUCGGCCGCCGCCUACACAGAGCUAAAACUAAGAUCGAAGAUCACAGCGACUAUGACAAGUGUA